AGCAGCUCGUACCGUUUUGUGGUGAUACCUCGCCUACCUACGCAGGCGAUGUUUCCCGCCGUCUGUUUUGUUUUUCGAAAAUUGCGCCGCGCGCUUGUUGCUGGCUGGAAUGCACCGCUCGCAUGCUCACUCACAUGGCACGUCAGACGGUAACAAGCAACGGUUCAAGCGAGAACAGGCCGCCACCAGGGGUAGCACUCCCGGAGCAAUUGACGCUGCUAGUCGUGCAGGAUCUUCCGCUUCCUGCAGGUGGUUUGAUGAACAGUGGAACGCGAAACUUUCAAAAGUGUUGCUUCGAGGAAUAUGGGUGAAGAGAAGUGAAAUUGAGUUGUAAUUCAGUUUUCCAAAGAACGCUCAGCGUUUCGCGGAUGUUUGAAGAAGAUAACUCGUUCGGCCAGGGCUUCGACAAUCCGAUAAGCAUUGGGGCGUACUGUGUGUGUAUAGUGUCGUAUUCGAACAUAUUCUUUUGAGAUUUUUUUUCUCAAAAACCAUUAAUAACUGCUGAAAAACAUUUCACUUAUUCUUGCCAAUCAUCAAACAGUGUUUGGAUCGUACGAAAAAGCAUACGAUACUGUGGAAAUAUUAGUUUGGACACUGCGGCAGCAUGGCAGCAGCAGAAAAAACGUAAAAACCGCCGUCAGUCAGGAUAUGAAGAAGUAACUAAACCAUGUUUUUAAUUGGUUUAGAGAAGUAUCUCAACAUGUUGCGAACCAGGGCAAUAAGUGACUAUCGGCAGAAUGACAAACUCGCUCAGGAAGAUUAUUCUGCGCUGGUGUGCGAUCGGGAUUAGAUAGGUUUAUUUUGCGACAAUCAGAAGAAAGUGAUUUUCGAUAAACUGCGAUCCAAAAAGAUUACUUUAAAAUUUUCAAAACUUUACACAAGCCGGUAAUCACAACUUGGACCUAUGGAAAAACUGCCGGAGAAGAUGCUCGUAUAUGGUUUGCUUUUAUUUAGUAUUAUUUGGUGUAUUAGUGAGUGUAAUGACAUCAUCAAUUCUAGCAGCAAAGAGACGACAAACUUGCCGGCGAAAAAUACCGUGAUGGCGGUAUUCAGCCCGAUGACCAAAUCACCCGGACCCUGUCGUUAUCUAUCCGGAACACGCAAACAGAACCAUCAGUGCCGCCGCGAUGUGGGCCUUCCGGAAGCAAUUAAGGAAGCGCGCCGACUAGCGGUGACGCAUUGCGAGGAACAGUUCCGUUACGACCGCUGGAACUGCUCGAUCGAGACGCGGGGAAAGCGGAACAUAUUCAAAAAGGUUUACCGUGAAACAGCGUUCGUGCAUGCUCUCACCGCAGCAGCAAUCACUCAUUCGGUAGCGCGAGCCUGUGCCGAAGGUAAAAUGGCCAAGUGUCAGUGUGCUUCUGAGAAACGACCGGAAGCAACACGGCUGGCGUGGAAAUGGGGUGGUUGCAGUGAUAACCUGAAGCAUGGCAAGCGAGUCACAAGAAACUUUCUGGAGCUACAACCGAUCAAUGGUGAUCCCGUGGCGGAAAUGCUCCGGCAUGACAGCGAAGUAGGGAUUCAAGCAGUUUCAUCUACUAUGAACGAUAGAUGCAAAUGUCAUGGAGUGUCUGGAUCUUGCUCUUUGAAAACCUGCUGGCGAAAGUUGGGAGACUUCAACGCGACUGCUGCUAUUUUGAGAACAAAAUAUCAUCACGCCGUUCGAAAGAUUCCAAUUAAUAACAAAACAUCUCGGAGAGCUGUUCCCAAAGAGUUAAAAGAGAACGAUGUACCGUACGAUCAACUGUAUUACUUCGAAACGUCACCCACGUUCUGUUCCGUCACCCGAGGUCGUCGUUGCCUGCACCCAGAUAACUGCGCAACGCUGUGCUGUGGCCGAGGCUACACUACCAAAGUAAUCAAAACGAUCGAGAAAUGCCGCUGUCGAUUCACCAAUGGACGCUGCUGCCAAAUAGUGUGCGAUUACUGUGAAAAGUAUGAUGACCGAUAUUACUGUAAAUAGGUUUUUCAGAAUCGAACCGAACGAAUUAUCGAUACUGCAAAUAGUAGUUCUAACCUUUACAAAAGCUAUUUAUUAUUGUACGAAAUAAGAAUUACCCCUACUAUACAUAUUAGUAGCAGCAAUUCUGUAGUCAUACUUUGUGCGCUAUUUUUUAGAUAUCGAAAGAAGAUGAGGAUUACGACUCAGUGCUUCAGUUCAACUUAAUAGUUAUUCGUUGUUGUGCACGAAACAUUCAUGUGAAUAGAUCUUAAUACUUAUUAUCAAUUUAUCAACCGAGAACGGCUUCACUCAGAAUGGGCAGCACGUUGCGCUACAUUGUAAGAUCCGUGUUAUCUGCUACUAUGUAUCUAGAUUUCACCUUAUACAAGUACUCAAGUAGGAAUGCUGUACUUUAUCCAUGCUUCGCGGUAGAUGAAGAAACAUUGAGUUUUGAAUGUAGCAGUCCAUCCAAAAAAACGCACAUUACCCCAUGCAUAUUUGUACGAUGUAUUUCGCUUCAGAUUACAAUAAAUUCACUUG